AUGUCGGAAUUAAGUGAGGAAAAUGCCGAUACGGCAGAUAAAUCUGACGGUAUCGGGACGAUUCGACGAAGGAAACUUAUAAAAUGUGCUAAACAAACAUUGGGACAAGCUUCCGAGUUACUAAAGAAGAAAAUCCCAUGUGCAGGCCAUUAUUUAGCCCCGAAACGGCUCUGGCUAAAACGUGUCUCAACACCAAAUUGUGAUGUGGUGGUCUGUUUCCCUCCCAAUGCGGAAGACCAGUUUUUAUUGUGGCUUCUUGCCAGGAUAAAGCAAUCGUCCGGAUUAACUGUACAUGUUAGACAUCAUGCUUCCACCCAGAGCAAUGCUUUUUAUUUGACCGCUUCCGUACAACUUCUUCGGCGUGCUGCAGAAGAAUAUCACUUGUCGAAAGCAUUAAAACAAGCUAAAGGUGGUGGUCUCAAAGAGUUUUUUGUGCAAGAUUAUGAUUCUUAUGAUGGAUCUGAAGAUGAGGAGCAUUUUUUUACUACAGAAGAACGGCAAUGGUUGGUUUUAAGAUUGCUGGAAAGUGUCAGGGCUAGGAAAGAUGAUUUAAAAGCUAUUCCUAACGUGACUUUAUUGGAAGGACAACCAAUGGUACCAAAAUGUUUGACUGCGGGUGUUAUUUCACAAGUUUUCCCAAUCCAUGAGCCUGUGGUGCUAGAAAAGUUGCAACAAUGUUGGGUUCAAGAUAUUUUUGCGAAGCAACCACUUGAUGAAAUUACUGAAUAUUUUGGAGUUAAAAUUGGAAUGUACUUUGCUUGGUUGGGACAUUAUACAACGGCUUUGAGCAUUCCGGCUGUUGUGGGUUUCUUUUUCUGGUUGACUUGUACAAGUAGACACCAAACCAUCCAAGAUGUUGGAUAUGUAAUGUUUUCAAUAUUUAACGUAGUCUGGGUAACAACUUAUCUUCAAGCUUGGAAAAGGUAUUCUGCAGAGUUGGCUUUUCGUUGGGGAACAUUGGAUCAAAGGGACGAUUUGUUAGCGGAUCCGAGACCUUUGUUCAGGCUACCGCGACAUGUUAUUAUUUGUUACCAGGGCCCUCUGAAACACAGUGCGGUUACGGGAAGGCUUGAACCCAAUCAUCCUACAUGGAAAAGACAUAUUUUUCGAUAUUGUGUCUCUGUGCCCAUGAUAGCUGUGUCUUUGAUCACAGUUUUUGUUGUCAUGAUAAUAUCCUUACAAAUACAGGAUUGGUGGGAUGCAUUCUUGACUUAUAGGGGUUUUCCUCUUUGGUUAGGCUACAUACCAAAAAUUAUGUUGGCCGUUGUGAUUUCUCUGAUGGACGAGGCUUAUUUCAAAAUUGCAAUCUGGUUAAACGACAAGGAGAACUACCGCCUUGAAACGAAGUAUGAAAAUCAUCUGAUCGGCAAAGUUGCCCUGUUCCAAUUCGUCAAUUCAUUCCUCUCUUUGUUUUACAUCGCCUUUUACUUACAAGACCAGGCUAGAUUGAAAGAGCAAUUAGCAGCGCUGUUAAUUUCACGACAAGUUAUAGGAAAUCUAAAAGAAUCUGUACUGCCCUAUGUGCUUGAACAUCUUAGAUUAGCCAAAAUGAGCUUUGAACUUUGGGGCGCCCUGAGUCCUUUGUGUCCAAAACCUCCACCUGGGCAAGCUGAUCAGGCUCAAGAAGAAACAGACAAGUCCUCAGAAACUCCUAAGGACGACGAUAAUAGUGAAGUUCCACCAGCUGCCAAAAGAAGCAUGAGCCAGGCUGAAUUGGAAAGUUCAUUGUAUAAGUAUGAUGGUACAUUUGCUGACUAUUUGGAAAUGACGAUCCAACUAGGCUACGUUAUUCUAUUUUCGUCAGCUUUCCCACCAGCUGCUUUAUGUGCCAUGUUAAAUAAUUUGGUAGAAAUUAGAAGUGAUGCAUUCAAAUUGGCUUAUGUUUGCCAAAGGCCUUUUGGACAGAGGGUACCAAAUAUAGGAACCUGGCAGAAUUGUAUGGAAUAUAUGAGCAUCAUGGCGGUACUAGUUAAUUGUGCCUUGAUUGGUCUUUCCGGACAAGUUCAUAGAAUGUUUCCAGAUAUGACAGCUACGCAAACGAUUUUAUUAAUCGUAGCUCUAGAGCAUAUUAUGCUAGUGAUUCGAUUUAUUAUCACGUGCGCAAUUCCUGAUAUUCCCGGCUGGCUAGCUACAGAAAUGGCUAAAAUUGAAUGGGCUAGACGAGAUUCUAAUAGGACGGCUAAUUACACCGCUACACCAACACCGGAAGAAAUCCAAGCAAAAACUAUUGGCAGGUUUUCUGUGUCGCCUAGCCACAGUCUUGUACAGGCUGAAGAGGCAAAACAAUCCGAAGAGAAUCGUGACACUAUUUGCAAACCGGAUAAUUUAUCCACUCAUGUGUCUCCUUUGCCAUCUCCCACUACAUCGCAAAGUUCUAUCACCUCAGUUCAAAGAACUUCUAUGGGCAUAACUGGUAUUCAGCAAAUUCCACCGUUUAGGCCAAGGAAAUCGAAGGAGUGGGUGCCGCCAUCUGAUCUUGUAGGUGAGCCAAGUCAUCAUUUGACUAUAGGUCCAAGUGGUGGAGUAGAAUGGGCACGAAAACUUAAAGAAGAAAAUGAGGUACAUCGUAGUACUGACUGCAUAUCUCCAAAGGAUGCAUCUAGUUCAGACUCUGAACUACACAGAACGAGUCCACUAUGGCCUCCAAGACCUCGUUCACCCCCGGAACAUUCAGGUCCCAGAAUUCGCGCUCCUAUAAUUCCCACAGAUCCUACUUUGAGUGACAGUGCAAGAAGUAUUUCCAGUCAGGAGGCGGAUGAAGCUGCAGCAAAAGCAGAAGAGCUGGCCGCGAAGAAAACCCGCGUCAAGCAGAGUCUAAUGAAAAGAGCCAGAUCCGUAGCGAUUUUUUCCUUGAAGCUUAAAGAGCGACGAGCUAGAGAUGCUCAAGAAAAAGCUUCAAAAGGUGCUGCUGUUACACCUUCUACUCCUCUUCCUCCACCGCAAUGCGGAGGAGGUGAACUGUCUUGUAUUCCCAUUGAAAAGUUAAUACAAUUAGAAGACAUUAGGAAGAGCGUCCAGUCUAAACAAAACAACCAACCAUAA